AGUAGGUUAUAAAUACCUUUAUGAAUCAGUUUUUCUGAACAUAUGAUUACGUAGUAUUUCUAUCGCUUUAUUUCUCUGUUCCUCUUUGUUCUUCAGCUGUGUUUGGUGUUGAUGGAGUGAAGUCAGUGUCAGUGAUGGAGGGAGAUUCUGUCACUUUAAACACUGAUGAUACUGAAACGCAAAGAGAUGAUGAGAUAACGUGGAGAUUUGGACAAAUUCUCCUAGCUAAAAUCAACAAACAGAACCAUAAGAUAAUGUUUUAUAGUGAUAGUGCUGAUGGGAGAUUCAGAAACAGACUGAAGCUGGAUCAGACUGGAUCUCUGAUCAUCACAAACACCAGAAGCACAGACUCUGGACUUUAUAAAGUACACAGCAGCAGAUCAGAGACGCCGCUCAACACAUUCAGUCUCACUGUCUACGCUCCUGUGCCUGUUCCUGUCAUCACCAGAUACUCUCCUCAGUGUUCAUCAUCAUCAUCAUCAGGUGUGCUGUUGUGUUCAGUGGUGAAUGUGAGUAAUGUGACUCUCUCCUGGUACAAAGGAAACAGUUUAUUGUCCAGCAUCAAUGUGUCUGAUUUUAGGAUCAGUCUCUCUCUUCCUCUGGAGGUGGAAUAUCAGGAUAUAAACACCUACAGCUGUGUGAUUAACAAUCCUGUCAGCACCCAGACCAGACACCUGGACAUCGAUCAACUCUGUCAGACAUGUUCAGACUGUGACUACUACUGGAGUCAAACGGCUGAAGCUGUGAUCCGAUUGGUCGUCUCUGCUGUGGUGGGAGUGGCUGCUGUUGCUGCUGUUGUUGUACUAGUUUAUGACAUCAGAUCCAGAAGAGCUGGACUGGAGUGGAAAGUUCACUAAACAGUAACGUACCUGGUAUUAUAAAACAAGAAUAAACAGUCUUUUUAUUUCUGUCACUUCCAUUGGUUCAAAACAUUAUAUAUCAGUCUAUUCCAUCGAUCUCCAGUCUGGUAUAGAAAAUGAAAUCCCGAUCUUGA